AUGUGUGAGCAGGAGGUCACUUAUUCAACUGUGAGAUUUCAUAAGUCUUCAGGCUUACAGAACCAGGAGAGAGCUGAGGAGACUCAAGGGCCCAUAGAAGCUGGCCACAGAAAGUGUUCAGUCCCCUGGCAGCACAUUAAGAUAGCUCUAGGAAUCCUCUGUUCCCAUCUGCUGGUAACUGUUGCAGUGUUGGCAAUGAGCAUUAUUCAGUACAGUCAAGAAAACCAUGAUCUGCAGAAGACUCUAAAACACCCCCAUAACUGUAGCACCAUGCAAAGUAUCAUCGACUUAAAGGAAGAAAUGAUGAGAAAUCAAUCUAUUGAGUGUCGUCCAGGGAGCGAACUCCUGGACUCCCUCGAGCGAGAACAGGAAAGAUGGUAUAGAAAAACCAACAUCAUUUUAAAUUCUUCAGAGCACAUAGGUAUGGGUGUUAAAAUACACUGGUUCUGCUAUGGUAUAAAAUGUUAUUAUUUCAUCAUGGUCAAAAAAUCAUGGAAUGGAUGUCAACAGACCUGCCAAAAUUCCAGCCUACCCCUUCUGAAGAUAGAUCAUGAGGAAGAACUGAAGUUCCUUCAGAUCCAGGUUAUUUCAGAUAAUUACUGGAUUGGAUUGAAAUAUCAUAAUGAAAAAAAGGGAUGGGCAUGGACUGACAAUGGACAAUCUAAACUUGUCUUGAGUAAAAGGAAGUUCAAUCUAAAAGAUGGAAGAUGUGUAUUCUUAUCUAACACAAGACUAGAAAAUACUAACUGUGAUACUUCAUUCAGCUGUAUUUGUGGGAAGACACUGGAUAAAUUCCCUGGUUGA